AUGCAGCUUCUGCUCGUGAACGGCAAGGCCGCUACACUGAUUAGCGCCUACACCCCCACAAUGACCAACCCCGAGGAGACCAAGGACAAGUUUUACGAAGAACUCGAAGCCCACAUGUUGGCUGUUCCACUGCCAGAAAAGUUUAUUCUCCUUGGCGAUUUCAACAAGACCUCGUGGAUGAUUUUCUGCUCCAGGUCUCCCGUUCUUGAAUCCGAAAGGACAAUCCUGCUCACCGAGAAGGAGCAGAUUCUGGAAAGAUGGGCAGAGCACUUCGACACUGUUCUCAACCGUCCCUCAACAAUCAAUGACGCUGCAAUAGCUCGCCUCCCACAGAUGCCUGUCAACCUUGAAAUAAACACUCACCCUGCAGCUGAAGAGAUCGAGAAAGCUAUCAGGCAAAUGUCCACUAGGAAAGCCCCAGUAUCGGACGCCAUCCCUGCCGAAAUGUACAAAGCAAGUGACCUAUCCUUUCGUGACCGGCUCACCAGUCUCUUCCAGUCCGUGUGGGAAAAAGAGCACCCCUCAGGACUUCAGGGAUGCCACAAUUGUCCACAUCUACAAACGCAAAGGGAACCGUCAGUCUUCCGACAACCACCGCGGAAUCUCUCUCCUGUCCAUUGCCGGUAA